AUGGCCACGUCAGCUACGGCGAAGAAUAAACAUAUGAUCGAUCGUAUAUUGAAGGAAUUAUCAGAUCCGACAGGUAAUCUACCACGAAUCGAAGGCUAUGAAAAUGAACGACUAACAACGCUUGAAAAAGCCGUUCAACCAAUAAUUCCGUUUGUUCCUGGUGUUAUGGAAAUGGUUUCUCUAGUCAAAGCUAAAUGUCAACAGCCAAAGGAUAAUUUAAGCAUCGAUGAGGGAAGCGCUAUAAUGCUAUACACGUUUGAAGAAACAUAUCUUAAACCAUCGUUCUUCAGUGUUUUGAACGACAAGUUGCGAACAGCGAAUCGACAAGAACUUCGGCCAUGGUUUUUAUAUCUUCGAUUGGUUAUACAUGCUUUGGCGAAACUUCCUUCAACAACAUGUCGGAUGAUUUAUCGUGCAGUCAAUAAAGAUCUAGGAGAACAGUACCCUCAAGGUAAACUUGUCACAUGGUGGCCAUUCUCAUCGUGUACUACAACUGUACAUGUCUUAACGGCCUUUCUCGGUGAGAAUGGAACAGGAACAAUUUUUAAUAUCGAAUGUGAUUCAGGGAAAUCUAUCUCACAACAUUCAUAUUUUAACUCGGAGAAUGAAGUAUUACUUUACCCGGCGCGACAAUUUCAAGUGUUAUCCUCAGUUAAAACCGGUGGACAAAAUCGAAUCAUUCAAUUACGAGAAGUCCAACCACGACCACCGUUAAUUCAAAUACCUAAAGCACUUUCUGCAUCGAGCAUACAACAAAAUGAACGAUUGAAGGCUAAAAUUCAACAAUUGGAAAAUCGUUCCAAAAUUGAUCUGUCAUCUCAAAAUCUAACCGAUGAUGAUGUAUAUAUCAUCGUUGAAGACAUCAUAGAGAAGAGACAAUGUAAAUGGUUAUAUUUAGAGAAAAAUAAUAUUACAUCAAUGGGUGCUUCGACGCUUGCUAAAGCAUUAAGUCAUGACAAGACAUUGGGAUGGCUCGAUAUAUCGCAUAAUCGUUUAGAUGACGAAGGUGUUCACGCUUUCACAGAAGCGCUUUCAUCGAACGAUUCAAAAUUGAAAGCAUUAUAUCUUUGGUCAGUUGGAUUGACAAACAAAGGUAUUGAAUACAUUAGUGAAAUGUUGAGAACAAAUACUCGAUUGACACAUUUGGGCCUUGCUGAAAACCGAAUAACUGAAGUGGGGAUUCAAUGUUUAACCAAUGUAUUGACUUACCGCAACCAUACAUUAAUCGAACUUGAUUUAUCACAUACCAAGUCAAUCAGCGAUUCAAGCAUUGAUUUAUUUAUUGAAAUGUUCAAAGGCAACCGCUCGUUAACAGAUUUGAAUUUAGAAAAAUGCAAUCUUUCAUCGGGAGGAAAAGCAAAACUUCUAGAAAGUGUAAAAUCGAAGGAGAAUUUUAAUCUGAUAUUAUAA